UUCAUAUAUAGGUAUAUCAUAUAAUUGAUAUUCGCAAGCCCGGAUCCAUGGAAUAAUAUCAUAAUAAUCUUUCCCUGGGCCUACAUACGAUUUUUUCUCAGUGAUACCUAUAGUAAGCUUUUGAUAUUAUUCAAAAAGCAUAUAUAUAUACUAUAUACAUAAUUUUAAACGAGCAGCUAAACCACCGAUAUACAGCUGGGUUGUUAAAUAUGAUAUAAAAAAYAAAAAUAAUAUUUUCAGUAUGCUGGCUUCAGUUAGUUGACAUGACAACGAAUAUCAACUAACAACUGUAUAAUUAAAACAAUUUGCCUUAAAUUAUCUAAAGUUAUUGGUCAUUAUAUAUYCGACAAGCUUACAUUGCAGACGUCCGUUAUUCAUUACCACAGAAUUCUUAUAACUUCAAAAAAUGAUCGUUCUUCUGUACACGUUGUUCAAUAUUAAAGAACUAAUCAACAUAUUUACUCCGGUGAUGAGCUGCGGAGAAACCAGUGUUGAUAAAGAAAAUAAAUCACAAAUGGACGAAACACUCGAUAAGCUGUGUGUUGAAAACCCAGUGGUCGAGACGAGAGAGAUUGGCACGCAGGUGGAAAGACCGCAUGAAAGGCCAUCUGAAAGGCAGUUUGAGACGCCGUCUGAAUGUCCGACGGAAACGUCACUGCAGGAGACGCCGGUUUUUUCAGUACCACACCAAUAUUAUGUGGGCCCGGCAAUGUUUUGUUCUCAACCUUUACCUCCAUCUGCUGACUGUGUGAUUGCCUCUGGUUUUUCAUUCCCUCCACCACCGCUGCCGGAGUAUUAUGUGGGACCAGCACUAUUUCACACUUCACAGCCACCACCACUGCCAUGCUGUGUGGCAGCGUCAAGAUUUUGCUAUCCACCACCCCUCAUUGAAAAUUUAGUGCCUUGGUCACCAAU